GUUGUUCCCAGUUUUAUGGUGUUCUACACACGCAAGGUCCCGGGUAUGUACAGCACUAUAAUUACACCGGGAACAGACCACUACAGGUAUUGGCAUCAUUUUUAUCCAUAGGAUAACUCUAAAGUUACACAAUCGGAAAGCAGCGAUUAAUACUCGUUUAUCGACUGAUUGCAUCUUCUAUUUUAAACGCUUCUAUAUGUUACAAAUGUUACGAAUAACUGCCACAGAACUUGGAAAAAAACUAUUUCUGCGAAGUGCCAACAGUACCUGCCGAUUUCGCAGGCGAAAGAAACCCUGACGCUUAAAUCAAUUCACUGCUCCAUCCUCACGCCGAAGCGACUAAACCCCGCCCCCAAAGGCUCCUAUUGGUCAAUGCGCUCACUUAGGCCGCGCCUCCCUGGUGACGCUACUCCUAACCGCGGCCUACCGGAGCCUGUCUGGUAUCUCGGUCAGCAGUUUCGUCAUUGUCGUUAUUGUUCGGUACGGGCAGCGUUAAUGACGGAUAAGUUAGUAGCCACAGCGACGUCAAGCUCUGUGUGGACAGCGCCUGUUAAUAUCUCACCUCAUAUUUCUCAGGCGUUGGAUUUGUGAUGACUACGUUUGUGCCGGUUUCUUUAUAGCCAAGCAGCUUUUUUAGGCAAAUAUCUCAUGAAGUAUCAAGACAACUGUAUGUCAUGAUGGAAGAAGGAAAUACGUCUAAAGAAAUGUCUGAUGUACUUCGACUCAAUGUGGGAGGCUGCAUUUUUACAGCAAGGCGGGAAUCUCUUUGCCGCUUUAAAGACUCCAUGCUGUCUUCAAUGUUCAGCGGUCGUUUUCCACUAAAACUUGAUAAAUCUGGUUCUUGCGUUAUUGAUAGGAAUGGAGAGCUUUUUAAAUAUCUUCUAGAUUACCUGCAUGGGGAAGUCCAGAUUCCAGAGGAUGAACAGACAAGGACUGCUCUUCAGGAGGAGGCCGAUUACUUUGGAAUCCCAUAUCCUUACAAUCUGACCGACCACUUAGCAAAUGAAAUGGAGACAUACUCAUUAAAAUCAAACUUAGAGUUAAAAAAGGUUUUGCUUGAUUUCUGUGAUUCCUAUAACCUCUUUUGCACAAAACCCACAGUUUGGGUGUUACAUUUUUUGCAUACCUGUGGCUCUAGCUGUGAGAGUAAAGUGAUUGGGGUGUAUGCCACAAAGAAGGAUGGAAAGAUUGCUCUUGAGAAACAGCUUGGAGACAGGAUUCAUCAUAUUAAUAUGUAUAAAAGGGAAGCGGGCGGUAAUAUCCAGUAUAUUCUCAGCUACUACAGUGUAUCCGAGCUGAAAAACAUGAUGGAUGCUUUUGAGACCUGGAAGGGAAGAGGUUUCAGCUUUUGGCGUGUGCCUCAGGAACUAAUUGAGUGUUGGACUCUUGAAGAACGUUCAAUACAAGGGAAUGAACAGAAUAUGGCUCCUGUGAAAAGAAGGAGACUGGUAGAAUAUGCAGAUGAACAAGAAGAAAAUACAAUGACAUCCAAGUCAGGUCCAAAACCCAUAAGGUAUUCUGGCCCAUCUACAAAUACACAGAUUCGAAUCAAGAACUCAUUGAAAUCUGACAAGGAAAGGCCGACAUCAGAAUCUACAGAUGGGAUUACACAAAAGAGGUCAGCUACAUUUGUUUUAGAUUUUGAAAGAACGGAGUCAAAAUAUAAAAAAAUCAGUUAUGACUUAGGGACUUCUAACCAAGUGCACAAACAGUUGUCAGAAUCUAAAAGCGAACUGAAUGACAGAAGAAAGGAAAAGCAGGUUGACACAAAGAGUUUGACAUCAGAAAAAUCAUCAAGCCGUGCAAUUAAACUGAAGAGGACUUCUCUCAACCAAACAGCAACACCUGCUUGUGAACUCUUACCAGUGGAUGGAGCAAUAGCUUCCAAUUCCCAUGCAAAUUAAAUUCUGCCAAGAUAAGACAACACUCUUUUUAAAAAUGUAUUUUAAUACUACAAAGGUGCCAUUAAAGCAGUUCAUUUUGGACUUUAAAAACUUUCUCCGGAAUUUCUGUAUAUGUCACUUUGGGGCAUAUUUAGACUGAAUUGAGUCCUCUACACAAAAUUUUCCAAUAGACCCUUUGCAA